UGUCGUCACUCGCGUGAAAAUACACCGAGCAGGGGAGACGAGGGAAGAAACCGGCACGACUAUUUAAAAUUACGGAUAUUCCCAUUGACAUAUGCUGUAAUAUUGCUAGUAUUAUUGUUGGAAAUUACUCUGCUUAGCCUGUCGAGUUUAAAAUGUUACAAUUUAGGUUCUCGAGGGCGUUAAGGGGGUUUUGUAAAUCCAAUCUAAGGCUCAUUUGGAAAAAUAAUACAGGUCAUACAACAACCGCCGGAGGAUGCGCAUCUUCAUAUAGACGAUCGCUGUGCACACAGACAGAUGCUAACACCGAGAAGAGAAGGAAGGCAGGCAUUUUGCCCAGCCUGGAAGAUCUGCUAUUUUACACCAUUGCAGAGGGCCAGGAGAAAAUUCCAGCUCACAAAUUUACCACGGCUCUGAAAGCCACAGGUCUGCGUACUGGAGACCCUCGUCUUAAGGAGUGCAUGGAGAUGUUAAAGGUCACCCUCAAGACUACUUCAGAUGGUGCUCUGGAUCGACAUCUCUUCAAAAAGUGUGUGCAAAGCAACAUUGUGUUGCUGACGCAGGCUUUCCGAAAAAAGUUUGUCAUUCCUGACUUUCAGUCAUUCACCUCUCACAUCGAUCAAAUUUAUGAGAGCGCUAAAUCAAUGUCGGGUGGCCAGGUGGCAGAUUACAUUCCUCAGCUAGCAAAAUUCAGUCCUAAUCUCUGGGCCGUUUCACUCUGCACUGUAGAUGGCCAACGAUACACUGCAGGUGACACGAAAGUUCCAUUUUGUCUCCAGUCAUGUGUGAAACCAUUAAAAUACGCGAUUGCGGUUCACGAUCACGGCACUGAAUACGUGCACCGCUUUAUAGGGAAGGAACCCAGCGGCCUUCGUUUCAACAAACUCUUCCUUGACGAAGAUGAUAAACCUCACAAUCCCAUGGUAAACGCUGGCGCUAUAGUUUGCACUUCCCUUCUCAAGCAAGGUGUAGGCAACGCUGAGAAGUUUGACUAUGUGAUGAACUUUAUGAAGAAGUUGGCAGGAAAUGAGUAUGUUGGUUUCAGCAAUGCUACGUUUCAGUCAGAGCGAUUGUCAGGAGAUAGAAAUUUUGCCAUUGGUUACUACUUGAAGGAGAAAAAGUGUUUCCCGGAGGGUACAGAUAUGAUUUCCAUCUUGGACCUUUACUUCCAGCUGUGCUCCAUUGAGGUAACCUGCGAAAGUGCCAGUGUGAUGGCAGCUACCCUGGCGAAUGGCGGCUUCUGUCCAAUCACGGGCGAGCGUGUGCUAAACCCCGAGGCCGUACGAAACACUCUGAGUCUCAUGCACUCCUGCGGCAUGUACGACUUCUCCGGACAGUUCGCUUUCCACGUCGGUCUCCCGGCUAAAUCAGGCGUUGCCGGAGGCAUCCUGCUGGUGGUGCCCAAUGUGAUGGGCAUCAUGUGUUGGUCUCCUCCUCUUGACAAACUGGGCAACAGUGUGCGAGGAAUCCAGUUUUGCACGGAUCUGGUCCAGCUCUUCAAUUUCCACAAUUAUGAUAAUUUACGCCACUUUGCCAAGAAACUGGAUCCACGCAGAGAGGGCGGAGAGCAACGGGUCAAGUCGGUUAUCAACCUGCUGUUUGCGGCCUACACAGGGGACGUGUCCGCUCUGAGGAGGUUUGCACUCUCUUCGAUGGAUAUGGAGCAGAGAGAUUACGACUCGAGGACGGCUCUUCAUGUAGCUGCUGCUGAAGGUCACGCUGAGGUCGUGCGUUUUCUUCUAGAAGCCUGCAAGGUGAACCCGGUGCCCAGGGACAGGUGGGGCAACACUCCCAUGGACGAGGCCAUUCAUUUCGGCCAUCAUGAUGUCGUAACAAUCCUGCAGGACUAUCACAACACCUACAGCCCCAAGGAGAGCACGGCCGACAGCGAAAAAGAGACUGCUGAAAAGAACCUGGAUGGCCUGCUGUAGAGAUGAUCUGUUGCGAUAAAACACUUCAGAUUUUUCCCAGUGAGUCUGUGUGUCUGAGGUACGCAUUUAAGAAGAAAACUUACAAAACGGGAAAAAAAAAAAAAAGCGUUUGGCGCCUUUUACCCUGUUUUGUGAUGUUUGUGUGUGUGUAUGCGUGGUUUGUAACCUGGUUAUUUUGUUUUAUUGUACACACUGAGGGAUGUAGCAUCAUAAAGGUCUUAUUUAGCUGUAUCUCCAUGUAAACAUACAAUAUAAAUUUAAUAUACUCAAAACAAGUAUAAAUAAAAAAAAAAAAAGUGUAUAUGUACAUUCAUGUAUGUUUUGAGAAGCUUCAUAAAUGAUGUCAAAUAGAUAUUUAAGAAAAGAUAUCUUAAAAAAGGCAGCUUGGCUGAAGACGGUAGUAUUGGGUGGGAUGUGUCAUUCUGAAUUAUGUUUAUAUUUUUACCUUUUCUUUAUCCUCUACUUUAGUCUUAACUUAGUUAUAAAUUAACAUAAAGCACAGUAGUAGUUCUUUAUGCCUUUCUGAUUGUGUAUCAUCUUGUGAAUAUGUUCCAGAUAUGACACUGUUCUUUGAUUGUCAAAAAUAUUUGCACUUUUUAAUUUUAUUAUAUAUAUUUAUUUGUCUUUUAAAAUCUUUUUUUCAAAUGAAAUUACAGUAAACCUUAGUACGUUUUUUUUUUCUAAAUGUGUUUUAUCAGUUUACAAUUUGAUAACAUUAGUUAAGUUUGUUCAGCAUAUUUUAUGCUAUCAAUGUACAAUUUAACAGGUAUUACUAGUAUAUCUAAUAAUUAACAAUAACCAAGAUUAAUAAAUGCUGUAAAAUUGACCCCUAUAUAUAUAUAUAUAUAUAUAUAUAUAUAUAUAUAUAUACUAAUGUUAACAAAUUGAAACUUAUUGUAAAAUGUUACUGAAAUUACUUUGAAGCACUAGAGGACCAUUUUCGUACCUGCCCAUUAAUUUUGCUAUGGGAGUUUACUGUAUUUUCUAAAACUAUCAUCUAAAAAAAAACAACAGAUUUCAAUACUGAAGUGUACUGGAAAUCUUACUGUAGUAACCUAAUGGAUAAUUAUUUGGAAAACCAACACAAGUUUCACAAAUUCUGCAAAACUCAAGGAUGUGGAAAUGGAUUUUGUCUUGGCAAUUAGACAAACUGUAAAGAAUUUACAUGUUUAAUAAGACAUUGAUAGCUAAACAAAAUCACUUGACAAAGGAAAAAAGAAUCAAGCAAAAAUUUGACAUUUUGUGUUUUAUUCUUAGUACAUGGUUAAGUGACAAGUAAGGUUGAAAGCUGAAAACAAAACAAAAAAAAGCACUGGUAUUAACAUUCUGCAAUGGUUAAAAUGUAGUCUAAACAUGUCCCACCAGUUGUGUAACUGAGAAUUUCUUUGGUUACAUGUCUAUAAGCACGUUGUAUGCGGAGAAGCACACAGAUUGUUUUAAUGUACAGUUUGGAUGAUAAAGAGGCGUGCAUAUACUUGAAAAACCUCCAAAGCUGAGUCAGUCUCAGAUAUGUGAAUAUUUUCUAGUUGGACACUAUUGUUGAAGUAUUGUAAAUGUGUUUUGUAAUGUGUGUGUAUAUACAUGCUUAACCUGGAAAUGUUAUUUAUUG